UGCGUAAACCACCAACGUCUAGACCUCGUCUCCAAUGGCGUCACGGAACGUUAUUCUGUGACGUCACGGUAAGGAAAUCUCGUUAGUCGCGAGAGUGGGCGUGGUUAAUGGCUGCUGACAGAAUGUAAACAGACGUAACUUUGGGUAAAAGUGUACAUCAGCAAUGGCAGAGUCUACCUUAACACCUCAAGCACCCCUGGAUCUUGGUCGUCUAGAAUCUGAAGCUAAAAUUGCUGCAACAAAAUAUGUAGCAAAUCUCUUACAGCGUCCAGACCAGCUUGAGCGGGUUGACCAGUACAGGAGAAGAGUAGCUAGGAAGAAGGCAUCUGUAGAGGCCAUGUUGAAGACAGCAGUUCAGUCUCAGCUGGAUGGUGUGAGGACAGGGCUAAAUCAGCUACAGAGUGCUCUACAUGAUGUGCAUGAAAUCAAAGAAAGUCUGGACCAGGUGGAUGAGAUAUACAAGUCGUUGAAACCACUACAGGAGAAGAUAACUACAGUUAGAGCAGAAAACAAAAAUUUCUGUCAGCUGGCAACUGCAAUGGAGAAUCUGAAGCAUAUAUUUACUGUACCAGAGAGUGUACGUAAAACAGAAGCUCUUAUUGAUGAAGGAAAACUUCUACUGGCACAUAAACACCUGACAGAGCUUGAGACAGCCAGAGAUGAUCUGUUGUUUGAGUUACAUAAACAGCCACACAGGAGUCCAACUGAUGAUAAUACUCUGCAGAAAUAUUUUGCCCAGGUAGAGAAAUUGUCAGUAACCCUUGGAAAACAGUUAUGGAUAAUUCUGCAGCGAGUUUUAAUGUCUGUUAGACGGGAACCAGCAUUGAUUGUGUCAGCACUGAGAAUCAUAGAAAGAGAGGAAAAGCUGGAUCAGAUUUCAUUUAGACGGAAAGAACAGACAGGAUUUAUGCCCCCUGAUAGACCUAAACGUUGGAGAGACAAGUGUUUUUCAGUAAUAGAGGAAUGGAUCUCAAAUAGGAUAGAAGGAAAUCAGAUGGAGGACAGAAGUAGCAACAAAAUGUGGCUAGUACGACAUCUAGAGGUCACACGACAGAUCAUGCUAGAAGAUCUGAAAGUUGCCAAGUCAUUGUUACCACCAGUAUUUCCACCAAACUAUAACAUAGUGAGCAAGUUUGUCUGGAUGUACCAUAAAGCCCUGUCAAAACAUAUUCAAGAGAUGAUAGGGCAACAGUUAGAAGGCAAUGAGUUCGUAACACUGCUGCAAUGGCUGAACAGCUAUGAUUCCCCUGAGUUGAUGAAACAUCCAUCACUCAACAUUGAUACAAAAGAUCUUGGACCUCUUCUAGAUAACAACAUGGUGGAAGAGUUACAAAAUCAGUAUCUGAGAAACAUGAAAUCCAACAUCCAGGAAUGGACCGGUAACACACUGAAAACAGAACAAAAGGACUGGUUUAAAGAUGAAGGACCUGAUCAAGACGGAGAAGGUUUCUACAACACGUCUUUACCUGUGAUAAUCUUCCAGAUGAUUGAACAAAAUAUCCAAGUUGCAACCAUGUUAGGAGAGAGUAUAGUAUUAAGAAGUUUGGAACAGUUUGUUGAUGUACUUAGCAACUUUGCUGAGGAACUUAAAGGUGUGAUCGAUAUCUAUAGAGAUAGACAUUUACAGGAUAGAAGAGAACCCAAAUUUUAUCUACAUUACUUGAUAGCAACAGCAAAUAACUUACUCACAUUUGGAGACUACAUGAAGAAUCUUCGUAAACGUUACCUGAAGACAGAGUUUGACAAGGAGGAAGAAGAUGAUACCAACAUAAGGAAGGAUAGGUUCCAGGUGUUAAACGAUAGAUUCACCCAGAUAGCUAUGAUGGUAGUACAGAAUGUUCUUGAUGAAGUACUUAUAGAUCUGAAGAGUCAUGAGCACUGUUUUAAUGAGUUGAUGACUAAAGCUUGGCAGCAGAGUCCUCAAGCAAUUGAAGUGAUUGUUGCAACUUGGCAUGAUUAUGGUACUGACUUUGUCCAUCUCAAACCAAAGUUGGAACAGACCUUGUAUGAUAAAGCAAAAAGGAGUAUUUUGAAAGAAUAUUUGAAAGCUAUUUUAUCAAGGAAAUUGUCAUUCAAACAAUAUGAAGAAAGGAAAAAUGCUGCAGAGAAACUCAUCAGAGAGGCAGAACAGUUGCAACUCAUGUUUAAGAAGUUCAAACCCACCAAACCUUCAGAUGUAACAUUUGCCUGUUUACCGAUGAUGGCAGAAGGACUAAAACUGAAGGACACUUCCAUGUUGUCGUUGGAAAUAGCUGGAAUAAUGAAGAAGUACCCAGACAUAAGACUUGAGCAGAUGAUCAACCUGUUGUUAUGUAGAGGUGAUAUGAGUCGUUCAGAAGCCCGUCAGAUGGUUUUAGAUACAGUGGGUGAAGAGGAAGCGAUGAAAACAAGACCUCAUGGAAUAUUUGCUGAAAUUGCUGCAGAAAUGAAGUAGUGGGUUUAAAAACAUUUGAGCCACGCCAUGAGAAAACCAACAUAGUGCAUUUGCGACCGGCAUGGAUCCACACAGUCUGGUCAGGAUCCAUGCUGUUCGCUUUCAAAGCCUAUUGCAAUUAGAGAAACUGUUAGCGAACAGCAUAGAUCCAUGCUGGUUGCAAAUGCACUAUGUUGGUUUUCUCAUGGCAUGGCUCAUUUGUAGUUUUUAUGGAGUUUAUAUAAAAGGGGAUAAACCUGCUGGCGCCUAUAGUGGACAGGUUGCUGAAUUCUGUAGUGGGCAGAUUACUGAUACCUGCAGUGGGCUGACGAUUGAAGAUCCACUCAUUUUGAUCAGGCCCUAUUUAUGUAAUGUGCAAUAUAAGAAACUUUCUUCUGGCUUCAACAUUUUCAAUGUUUGUUUUGUAUAAUUGUUAUUAUGUAUUUCCAUUUGUUAAAUGAUUUACAAAACGACCAGUUUUGUGGUACCCCACAGAAAUCUUUUCAAGCAUGAUUGGAAAUUUAUGUUUUCACACAAGAAUUAUUGUAUGUGCUUUAUGAAUUUGGUGAAAUAAAAACAUGACUGUCAGGCAGGUAAAAUGGA